UUCCCCUGGAGCUAACACCCUGAAUUUGGGCUUUUGCAUACUUUACCGUAAGGAAAUAAAUUUCUCUUUGUUAAAGCCAUCUGCUUGUGGUAUGUCUGUUAUAGCAGCACUAGACAACUAAGACAAUUGCUAUGAGUGGGAACCAACUUUGACGGCACCUAACAACAAUGAUGCUGACUAGGAAGACUAGGAAGAAGGGCCUGGUGGUCUACUUCCGAAAAUCAGCCAAUGAAAACCCUAUGGAUCAGAACAGUCCUAUCCUAGAAGAAUCCCAGCAGUCAUGGUCCCCAAACCUUCUGUUGGCCCAGGACAGGAACCAUUCCCAAAGACAACUCAUCAGACAUGGAAGGGACUGGACAGUGGGUUGGAGAGAGAUGCUGAUGAAGAGUGAGCUACUUGUAUCGGGUGGACACUUGAGACCGUGUUGGCGUCUCCUGUCUGGAGGGGAGAUGGUAGGGUAGAGAGGGUUAGAAACUGGUAAAAUGGUCACGAAAGGAGAGACUGGAGGGAGGGAGCAGGCUGACUCAUUAAAAAAAAAAAAAAUUAGGGGGAGGGUAAAUGGGAGUAUGGAGUAAGGUGUAUAUAGGCUUAUGUGUGACAGACUGACUUGAUUUGUAAACUUUCACUUAAAGCACAAUAAACAUUAUUUAAAAAAAAAAAAAAAGCAGUCCGAUCUGCAAGCAAUCAUGGAGAUGGCACAGGACCAGGCAGUGUUUUGUUCUGUUCUGCAUGGGGUCUCCAUGAGUUGAGGGCAACUCGAUGGUAGCUAACAACAACGAAUAAGAGGGACAAAAAAGGAAGAGGAGGAGGGUAGAUAACGCAAGCGCUGGGGUUUUGCAGAGCUUAGCAGGUGAAGAGGCCGAUUUGCACUGAGAUUCCUAGCCUGGGAUCUAGUCAUGUCCAGUAAGGGUGGACUUAAACCAGGUGAGAAGGUGCCAUGGUAGCAGGCUGUCUCACACCCUUUCCAGAGAGCUCCCUCAAGCCCAAGACAAAUGGGUCUUCAUGACAGAUGGAAGCAACACCAGUAACCAGAUCCUCUCCAUAUUUGCAUUUCAGGCCUGUAACUUGUGGUCACGUGACAAGCAAAUGAAGAAAAAUUGGAAAUGACCACUAGCCAAGAAAAAUAAAACAUCAACUACAUUGAGCGGGGAUCAGAGGAAUGCAGGGCCAGCUCCAUGCUUUUCUCAGAAAUCUGAACGCAGAAGACAGAGAGGAUGGCAACGGCGAACACAGACGCCGCAGACAAAGACGUGUCUCUGGUGAAAACUGCCUUCACCCUGGUGGUGUCUGGGCUAGAAUGCAUCAUGGGCAUGGUGGGGAACGGCUUCAUCACGGCUCUCCACAGCGUUGAGUGGGCCAGGGGCAAGCGGCUCCCCGUUGGCGACUACAUCCUGCUGCUGCUGAGUCUGUCCCGGCUCCUGCUUCAGACCUGGAUGAUGCUGGAGGAUAUACUAAGCCUGCUCUUCCAGAGCUCUUACAACCAAAACACAGUGUACAUGCUUUUCAAAGUCGUCACCAUGUUCCUCAACUACUGCAACCUCUGGCUAGCAGCCUGGCUUAACGUCUUCUACUGUCUGAGGAUCGCCACCUUCUCACACCCCUUGUUCCUUACGAUGAAAAGGAAGAUCGUGGGGCUCAUGCCCUGGCUGGUGUGGCUGUCGGUGCUCCUUUCCAUCUGCUUCAGCGUUGCCUUCUCUAAGGACACCUUCAAUGUUUACGUGAAUAGCUCCAUCCCUGUCCCCGCUUCCAACUCCACAGAGAAGAAGUACUUCUCUGAGACCAACAUGGUCAACCUGGCCCUUCUCUAUUACCUGGGCAUCUCCCUUCCUCUCAGCAUGUUUGUCCUGGCAGCCACCCUGCUCAUCACCUCUCUCAAGAGACAUACCCUGCACAUGCAAAGCAAAGCUACUGGCUCCAGGGACCCCAGCAUGCAGGCCCACCUGGGGGCCAUCAAAGCCAUCAGCUACUUCCUCAUUCUCUAUGUCUUCAAUGCAGUUGCUCUGUUCCUUUCCAUGUCCAACAUCUUUGACACCAACAGCUCCUGGAACAUUUUGUGCAAAGUCAUCAUGGCGGCAUACCCUUCUGGACACUCAGUGCUGCUGAUCUUGAGCAACCCCGGGCUGAGAAGAGCCUGGAAGCGGCUUCAGCACCUGUGA